CGACACCGUUUGGAUGAGUUAGAAUAACAAAACUACACCGUUUACUCGUUUCCUAAAACCUGCGUCUCAUCUGGGCGAACGAUCUUCCUAAACUACUGUCAACUUACUCUCCCGUCUCCACCGCCCAUCCCAACAACAAUCGGGCAUCCUUAAUUCGUCGAUUGUCCUCCAAAAUUAUUCGUUAUAUUGGUUUCAUUUUAGUGUGAUUUCCUGUCUUUAUCAACUUGUAAUUUGUAGGUAUUUGUAAUUACUGAUUCACACCUUUCAGUCAACCAAAAGCAACAAAGAAAUGGAUACAAAAUCAUUAGCCAAAUCGAAAAGAGCCCAUUCGUUGCAUCAAAGUAAGAAGAAUCAGCAACAUCAUUCGUCCAAGGGCGCUUCUUCUGGCCCUAGUGCAUCUACUGGUGAUAAGAAGCAAAGCGGAAAACAAGCAAAGGAAAAACCAGCACAGGCUCAUGGUUCUAGACAACUUCCUUCGAAUUGGGAUCGGUAUGUUAAAGAAGGGGAUGAUGGUGAUGGGGUUGACUCUGGAAAUCUGGUCCCUCAAGAUAUUGUUGCACCCAAGAGUAAGGGGGCCGACUUUGCGUACUUGAUCUCUGAAGCCAAGGGUCAAGCUCGGCAUUCUUCGCAGGAUGUACCCCUGUUUGAUGAUGUUCUACAUGGUGAUUCUCUUAGUCAGUGAGAUACUUGGAUAUUUUGACUAUGUUGCUUGAUAUUAUGUUUGUUAGGACUUGGGGUGUUUUUUUUAUAUUAUAACUGUGAGGUGCUGAAGCUUAUUCAUUCAGUGAGGAUUAAGUAGAUUUUUUUCUUAGAUUUCUAUCAGGGGUUUGGCCUAUUGCUUACAGUUAAGGGGCAAAGCAUAACAUCUUGGAUUGCUGAUGACAAUUUUGGGUCAGAAGACAAAGCUCCUCCACCAGAUGAGGCCACCUUUCUCUCACUCAAUUUGCACUCUCUUGCGGAACAGCUUUCAAAUGCAACCAUAUCGGAAAGGCUUUUCAUUGAACCUGACUCACUACCAGAACUGUGCAUGGAGGAAUUGCAAAAGCUAAGUGAGAGCAAACAUGAAGAGGUUCCAGCUAAAAGGACGAGUGAAGUGGUUUCUGAAGAUUGUGAGAGUAUGUAUAAGUUUUUCAACAGCCCAUCCAAUGCCACAAACACCACUAGCAGCAGCAGUUGUGUGGUUUCCAUUUCCACCGGGAAAGGCUCACAAUCUAUAGAUAGUGUGAAGGACGAGACAUUGGAAAUUAAAGAAAUGGAAAAUCCAAAAAUUGACCCAAACACUGCAGCUAAAAAACCAUCAAGCGCAGAGGCUGAACUUGACUUGCUUCUUGGCUCAUUUCCAGUGGGAGACGUCUCAGAGGUCGGUGGAAAUUUGCCAUUAGUGGACAUGAAAAUUGAUGAUAGUGUCGAUGAGCUACUCAAAGAAACAUCCUUUCUAAUUAACAAAAGAAAGGGAUCUGUGGCUAAUGAGGCAAAAGCUGCUGUUUUCAGGGCUACUCCCGCCUCAAACUCUUUCACAAAAUCUAGUAAACUUAGUGAUGACUUUGAUUCAUGGUUUGACACCAUUUAGAGGCUGUUUGAAGCCCCAAAAAUGGGCCGAUAAGCCUUAAAAUGUAAAAAUAUAGCCAAACAUGAGGCAAACAAGUUCUAACUAUCCAAAAGCCAUUAAUUAUGUUGGUCCGCGGAUUUAAUAGGGAUGCGGGAUAAUUACUCUAUAUCCAUAAUAAAGGAAGGAAAAUGUAACAUGGAGUAUAUAAUAGUCAUCAUCAUAAAUACUCUAGUGUCACAAAGGCUCCCUCACCUAUGGUAGGGUAGAGAGUUGAAUGUACGCAGUCUUAGUCUUGUAUGAAGAGAUUCUUUUCAGAUUAUCCAUUAGAGUAUAACAUAGUUUGUCUA